CCCUGGAUCUCUGCUAUAAUUCCAGGGUGCCCAGGGCAUCAAGCAAGACAGAAGGUGCAGCCGGGGCCCCUUUCUACGGGAAGUUCCUUAGAUGAACGCUGGAGAUCAGGCAGCUAGGGAACGGAAGGGGACAGUUGAGCAAGAGACAAGACUGUUGACAGUUGCAGAGUGUGUGGGCUCUGUGGGCAUCAGACAGUGACCUCCUCACAGGUCCAGGAGCAACAGACUGCAAACAAAGGCCUCUGAGAGGUCUGAGGCACCAUGGAGAAAGGAAAAGGACUGGCCAGAAAAAGUAGGAAGCUGGCAUCCAGCCGCCGGAGGCAGAUGCGAGAGCCAGCAGACGGGCAGGAUGCCCCCGUGGCCCCGGAAGCGGGGUCCUGGCCCUCUGACGCUGAUGCGGAACUUCAGGGUUUCUUCCAGAACUGUGGUGCCAAGGAGAGGGGCUUUGUCACCCGGGAGGAUCUGGCGGAGGCCAGGUUCAGCUUCCUGGGUAACGAGGAGCCGCAGAUGAUAUUUGACUGGGUGGACGUUGAGAGUAGGGGCCGCCUGUCGCUGGAAGAAUUCAGCUCUGGACUCAAAAAUGUCUUUGGCUCCAGCCCCAGUACCCACAGACUCCAGACAAAACGGUCAUUGCCCUCUCAACGGAUAUCUGCGACCUCCAGCUUCCCUGUCUUCGAGGAGGCCGAUACUGAGGAGAAGGAAGCCUUCCUGACCCUUGUAGGGCAGAUGGAGACUGGCCACUCCCUUUCUGAGCAGGCUGAGCUCUGGAAACUGUGGAGAGAGCUGCGGCAGGAGGAGCCCCAGUUGGCAGGCAACUUGGAGGGCUUCCUAGCCAAGAUGAGCAGUCGCCUGCAGGAGGCUCGGGCCGACCGGGAGGCACUGGCGUGGACCCUGAGAAAGCGAGACUCUGACCAUCUCCACAAGGUGAGACAGCUCUACGAGGAGACAGAGGAACAGAUCCGCAGGGAGAAACAGCAGCUGCAGGCCCAGAGCAACUCCAGGGGCAUGGCCCUCAGUGCCCACAUGCAGGAGGCCCUGGAGGCCAAGGAGCAAGAGGUUCAGCGGCUAGCAGAAGGUCAGAGAGAGCUGGAGGCCCAGCUCCUCCACCUCAGUAGCACACAGCAAGAGGCCAGCUUGGAGAACCUGCAGCUCCGGGAGGUUGAGCGUGACCUGACCGGGCAGCUAGAAGAGGUGCGGGGACAGCUACAGGUGACAAGAGGUCACCUGGAUACUGCCAGGACCAGGGGCCGAGUGUCCUGGCAGGUAGAGGAAGAGCCAAGUGUCCCCAGGGCAAAUACGGAGGCCCCAGACCUUCAGGCUGUCCCCACAGAGGAGGCCCCACUGCCUGAGCUGUUUGGGGUUAACGAUGACUGGGACAAGCUCCUCAGCAGCUUCGAAGAUCCUACUCAUAGAACCCUGCGGCUUUGCUGGAGCCCUCCCCCAUCCCCAAGUGACACCUCCGCCCCCCAGACUCCCCGCAUUGUUAGACAGAUCUCCAUUUCCAAUAUGUCUGCUCUGCCGUUUUCUCAGGAGCCAGCCUCAGAUCUAGACCCAGGUCCAAGAAGCACCUCUGAGAUGUCUCCUGAUAGUGCCAGAGAUACGAAAGGGGUGGAGGACCCCAAGGGGCAGGAUGGACAGGAUGUCAGUUCUAAGCAGCUUGUGAACUCCGCUGACUUAGAUGCCAGGCUCCAGGGUCCCUUCCUCAGGAGUCCGCCAGGAGUCCCGGCUGGGGAUUCUGGGAAUGUUGAAGAAGCCACUUUCAGAGUUCUGCUUGCUUCUGAGGCUGAGCUUCCUCCUCAGGGGCUCUCUUCUCCUCCUCAGUCCCCAACCGGGUCCGGAAAACAGACCCAGACUUCAGAUCUGGGUGACAAGAGUCUUUGGUCUGGACCUGAUGCAGCCAAACUGACCAUAGAGAGAGAAGUCAUGGCGGAGGACCUGAAGCUGGGCUUAGGGUCCCAGGGAGACACAGCUCUCCCUGAGGAGGCCACAGAGCCCUCCCUGAGCCUGGAGUCUGUGGACCAAGUACACACAGAGACACCAGGGCAGGAUGAGGCACAUCUGGCCAGGCUAGAGAGUCAUUCUAGGGGUUACCAAGAAGCCAGUGGCCAAGACCUGCAUCUGGAUAGCCUGUCUACCCACCUCCCCCAAAGUCUAGAAGAGCAGCUUGGGCCUGAGGAAGGGAACUUAGGAGAGAGAGGCCAGCAGGACCCUGGAACAGAAGCCGAUGAGGCUCACAGCCUGGAAGCCUGGAACACAGAAUCCCUCCAGCAAGAUGAUCCCCUUCCUAACCGAUCUCAGGCUCCUGCUGAGGUGGAAGUCACUGCUCCUGACCAAACGUCUCCUCCCAUCUUGGGGGCUGGGGCUGGGCUUGCAGUGGGAGCCCCAGAGACCACACAGGUUCUCCUCACCCUGGCUGAGUCAGAAGUCCAGCCCAGGCCCAUGUCCAUGCCUCUUCAGGUGGAGAUCAAGUCAGACGCCCCUCAGCCCCCAGAGCCAGGGGCAGAGAGCAGGCCAGAGGACCCAAGGACAGACUUACAGGAGGCUGAACCGAGUUCUUCCCCUGGGGACCUCACUGCUGGCAAGCCUCAGGCUGACCCCGACUACCUCUACCAUGUCAUCUUCUUGGGGGACUCCAAUGUGGGCAAGACCUCAUUCCUACACCUGUUACAUCACGAUUCGUUUGCCGCUGGACUGACGGCCACUGUAGAGCUGGGGACUGAACCCAGGGCCUUGUUCUUGCUAGGCAAGCGCUCUACCACUAAGCUAAACCCCCAACCCCCACAUCAGUUUUCAAGACAUUGUCUUAUACCAUGGCCGGUCUGAUGGAAGCAGUUCUUUGGUUGGGGCUCCUUCUUCCCAGGUGACUCCAGCCUGUUCAAGUUGACAGUCAAAACUGACCAGGAUGCCAUGGAUCUAGUUAAAGACUCAGUGUCCUUGAAAAAGAGUGACCCAUAGCAGACAUAGCCUGCCGUCUGCAAGGUCACAGUUAUUGAUCACCUAAGCUGCUGUGUGUCUGCUGAGCAUCUCUGAGCAUCCCCAUAUCUUCGGCACCUUCUGUUUGUCUCAUCCCUUUACAAAGAUUCCUGUGACGGCUGUGAUAAAAACAGACAGAAGCAACUUAAGGGAGAAAGGGUUUGCCUUAGCUCCCAUUUCAAUGUAUAGCCUGUGGUUGCAGGGAAAUCAAUGAGGCAGAAGCUCCAAACUGCUGGAUAUGUUACAGCCACAGUCAAGAGAACAGUGAGUGCCUUAGGGUUUUACUGCUGUGAGCAGACACCGAGACCAAGGCAACUCUCACAAGGACAACAUUUAACUGUAGCUGGCUUACAGGUUCAGAGGUUCAGUUCAUUGUCAUCAAGGCAGGAGCAUGGCAGCAUCCAGGCAGGCAUGGUGCAGGAGGAGUUGAGUUCUACAUCUUAUUCUGAAGUCUGCUAGGGGAAGACUGACUUCCAGGAAGUUAGGAUGAGGGUCUUAAAACCCAUGCCCACGGGGCUGGGGAUUUAGCUCAGUAGUAGAGCGCUUACCUAGGAAGCGCAAAGCCCUGGGUUCGGUCCCCAGCUCAAAAAAAAAAAAAAAAAAAAAAACAAAAAACAAAAAACAAAAAACAAAAAACAAAAAACAAAAAACAAAAAAACCCAUGCCCACAGUGACAUAACCACUCCAACAAGGCCACGCCCACACAGACCCGCCCACACAGACCACGCCCACACAGACACGCCCCCUCCAACAAGGCCACACCUUCUAACAGUGCCACUCCCGGGCCAAGCAUAUACAAACUAUCACAGUGAAUUAAUGUAUACCUGCCAGCCCUCAUCUCCCCAGCUCCCUUUCCCUGAGCUCAGGGUCCUGCCUGGGUGAAACGAAGCCAUGCACAUCUUCCCGUCACAACUACCCCAAUUAAGAACAUCCCUUCGGGCUGGGGAGAUGGCUCAGUGGUUAAAAGCACUGCCUGUUCCUCCAGAGGUCCUGAGUUCAAUUCCCAGCAACAACCAUCUCUAGUGGGAUCUGGUGCCCUCUUCUGGCAUACAUGUGGAUAAAGCACUCAUACACAUAAAAUUAAUAAAACUAUUGGUGUGACCGCAGGCCAACCUAUCUUACCUAGACACUAGCCUCUGACUUCCACUCAGGUGGAGCUGGGAGGCUCAACUGCUACAAGAAUAGGAAUGACUUUCAGGAGGAGGCAAUAUGAAGCAGAGUUUAUUGAGUCUAACACAGAUUUAGCGCUGGUGCUCGCAGGAAAGGGGUGAGACACACACACACACACACGAUGACCUCCAGAGAUCUGCCUGUCUUUGUCCCCACCACCCUGAGGCUGGGGUUAUAGCAUGUUGGGUGUGUGUACUUGUGACUUUGGGAAACGUCCUUACUGAGGCAGGGGCUCACCAAACCCAGGGCUCACCAACAUGUCUGGUCCCUCCAGCCAGCUUUCUCUGGGCAUCCCCCUGUCUCUCCCUUUGGAGGCCGCCACACCCACCCAGCAUUUAUGUGGGUUUCUGGGUAUCUGAAUCCCUGACUUGCAUGGCAAAUGUUAAACCCCCUGAUCUAUCUCUCUGGCCCCAUGAUGCUCUGUGUGUGUCAGUUCCACACAAUUCAAUAGCAGAGGCUCAGACGGAGGCCCCUGUGGCCAGCCAGAUGUCUCCCCCCACCCCUGCCCCAUCCCAUCCCCUCUCAAAAAGUCAGAAUUCUUGCCAAGUGCAUUCGAGGCCAUUGGCUGGGGACAUAGAUACCAGGUGUUUUGACGUCUCCAUGUGUGAUUCUCAGUGUGGCCCCUACUGGUGGCAGAGAACUGAAUCCUAGUGAGGUUUCUAGCCUUUGUUUGGCAUCUUCCCCACCUCACACGUUAGACUCCACCGGAGAAAGCCUGACCUCUGCCUGCCC